CAGCGACGUCACCACCGUGGCCAGUGAUGACCGAGCCUGAGAUGCAGUAGUAGUAUAUAUACUCUUGCCGUCCUGAAGCUUUGCCACACGUAUAGACUAUAACAACCACCGAAGUGCACCAUGUCAGGCUACAUCCAGGACGCUAUCAUGCUCCUGGGCGACUCCAUCACCGAAAUGAGUACUGCUCCGUUCGGUCUCUGUCAACAACUUACCAAUGUGUACAACCGCAAGCUUGACAUCAUCGUGCGGGGCUUCAGCGGGUACAAUACGGCAUGGGUUCUACCCGUCUUCGAGAAGGUGUUUCCAAAGCGUACAGAGCGUCAAAAACUAGCCAGAAUACAGCUCCUUACUAUCUGGUUCGGUGCGAACGACGCCGCCUUCCCCGGGGAGCACCAGCAUGUGCCGCUGGACACCUUCAAGGCGAAUUUGAGCAAGCUGAUCUGGAUGGUCAAAGAUCCCGAAUCGGAGUGGUACUCUCCCGAAACUCAUAUCGUUCUGAUUACGCCACCGCCUUUCCUGCGCGUGAACGUCCCGAGGAACACUUUGGAUCGCAAUCUCGCUGGAUCGAGGACAUAUGCUGAGGCAGUCAAGCAAGUAGCAGCGCAGGAAAGUGUCGUUGUGCUCGACAUAUGGAACCUCAUCUGGGAGGCGGCCGGCAAGAAAGAAGAGAAUCUGACCCAGUUCCUUUCUGACGGCCUUCACUUGGGCAAGGAAGGGUACAAGAUCGUAUACGACGCUCUUAUCGACGCGAUACGAGAGCAUUACCCAGAGAUACAUUAUGAUAAGGCCUCUAUGGCAUACCCACUGUAUGAUCCAGUGUUAUCGCUCUAG